GAAAUAUAAGCAGAGAAAUGGAGCGAAUGUGGUUGCUUAUGGUUUCUUUCAUUAUUUUGCAGACUGGCGUAGAAUUUUGUGUUUCAGAUAACGCAAAACAAUGGCAGACAUUCAUAAGAAAGAUUACAGAAGCUACAAAAAAUUAUCAGCCUUGCAGUCAAGAUAAUUGCACCUGUUAUCAGAGUGUCCUGAAAGAUGACCUUAGGCCAUUUAAAAAUGGCAUUUCUGAAGGUCUCAUGGCAGACACAGUCAACAGAGGUGUUGGCACUCACUACCAAAUAAUCAGUAAAAAGCUGUACAGAGAACAAAGCUGCAUGUUCCCUGCAAGAUGCAGUGGUGUCGAGCACUUCAUCCUGAAAGUAAUUGACAGGUUACCAGAUUUGGAGGUUGUGAUAAAUGUGCGAGACUAUCCACAGGUACCUGGAUGGAUCCAGCCAGUCUUGCCUGUAUUGUCUUUUAGCAAGACAAAAGACUACCAGGACAUAAUGUACCCUGCAUGGACAUUUUGGGAGGGAGGUCCUGCUGUAUGGCCCAUUUACCCCACUGGUCUGGGCCGAUGGGACCUCAUGAGGGAUGACCUCAAAAGAUCGGUUGAACAAUGGCCCUGGAAAAAGAAAAGCCCAAAAGGAUUUUUUAGAGGCUCUAGGACCAGUUCAGAGAGGGACCCUCUGAUCCUUCUCUCAAGAGCAGCGCCUGACCUUGUAGAUGCUGAAUACACCAAAAACCAGGCCUGGAAGUCUGAUAAGGACACUCUUGGUAAACCUCCAGCCAAGGAAGUUACUCUGGUAGACCACUGUGAAUACAAAUACCUCUUUAACUUCAGAGGUGUUGCUGCUAGCUUCCGUUUAAAGCAUCUUUUCCUGUGUGGUUCAUUGGUUUUUCAUGUUGGGGAAGAGUGGAUUGAGUUUUUCUACAUUCAGCUCAAGCCCUGGGUUCACUACAUCCCUGUCAAGCAAGAUUUGUCUGACUUGAGUGAACUGCUUCAGUUUGUGAAAGAAAAUGAUGCAGUGGCAGAAGAAAUUGCUAUAAGGGGCCGGAACUUUAUUCUUGAUCAUCUCCGAAUGGAGGAUUUGUAUUGUUACUGGGAGAUGCUGCUCACUGAUUUCAGCAAGCUGCUGACAUACAAACCUAAGAGAAAAUCAAACUUCAAUCAGAUCACCCACAGAGCCAGCAGGUCUGAACUAUGACCUAUGGAAAUCAUAAAGUAUGAAGUUAUUCCUCUCCUCCUGCCUUUACCAUUGGUCCAUAUUUUUUUUAACAUUAGUUAUUUUUAGUAUUUUUUUUCUGAUGAAAAGAGAAUUUAAAGGCAGCCCUUUGUUGUUAAUCUAGUACAUCCUGCCAUUGCUGUGGAGGGACAUUUUUAAGUUAGUUAAGCAUGUUCUGUAAGCUACCCUACAGUAUAUCGGUGUACGCAAUUAACAAUCUAGACUAUUUAAAUGUCUAAAGUAUUGUAGUUAAAAUAUGCUUGGUAUGUUCUCUUUACCAGGCAUCAAUCCAUUUUUUUCUGAAGGAAAAUAAAGUUUUCAUACAAUACUACAA